UUUUGUUAUUAGCCAAUGGGGCAGCUGGAAUUGAGCCCUGUCAACUCUGCAUAGCAACAAGUGAGCGCUUGUGUGACAGGACAAAAAAAAAAAAAAGAUCAAUUUUUUUGGAUAAAUGUCCUCCUACUACCUAUGACAAACCUUUACUACCACCUCUUACUACUACUACUACAUGCUAUACUACCUUCUACUACCUACUACUACUAGUACUACUACAAUGCUACUAAAUACUAUACUCCCUUUUACGCACUACUACUACUUCUAUUACGACUAUUACUACCCACUAAUAAUAAUAAUACUGCAUACUACUCUUCUACUCCUUCGACUACUACAACAAUUAAUAUUACAGUACUUCUACUACGAUACUAUACUAUAUACUACAGCCACCUACAAAUAAAUACUACUUCUACUAUACAAUACUAUACGACUACUGCCACAUACAGUAAAUACUUGCUACUGUGACUACUACUACAUACGGUACUAUUACUUCCUACUGCUACAUACUACUGUACUUCGACAAAUACUCCAAAAUACACAAAUACUUCUACCGCAUACUACGAUGACGAGUACUACAUGGUACUAGCGGUACCUACAAUUUCUCAUAUUACCUACUAAUAGUUCUGAUACUGCUACUACUACUACUACUACCCACUACUAAUAUUACUACUAAGUACUAACACUACUCCUACUACUACUUCUUCCACCACUACUAUUACUACAACUAGUACCUACUACUACUUAUAAUACAUCCUACUACAAAUAAUACUGCCAGCUACUGUACAACUACUAAUUCCCACUACUAUUAAAACUAUUAUAUACUACUACUUCCACUCCAUACUAUUACUACAACAUACCACUAAUACGUUUAGUGCAUCCUAUGAGUACUACUAAUAGAUACUACUACUUCUACUAUGUACUACUACCUAUAACUUUUCCUACUGUAUUACCUACUAAUACUACCUUUAUAGAUACCACUGCUAACUUCUACCUACCAUAUGCUAUUAUAUAGCAUGCUAUGUACUACUUUAAAGUACUACGACUACCACUACUACUAAUACAGGAAGGCUGUUAAAUUAGCGUGGUACAUGACCUUAUGGACAGGACAUGGCAAAGAAAGGAAAAGUCUGCAACGUUGCUAUUGUUGUCAUCCUUUGGCCGGCAGAAAGAGCGCAAACCUUGCAGGCAGGCAACGCACGUGGCGUUGCCAACCACAACGCCGACACACCCUGGACCGAGUCUGGCGCGGCGCUCUGGAUCCUCCACACAGACCAGACCAGACCAGACUGCUGCUGUCCGGAAUAACAUCAUGAAACAGACAGCUUGCCUCGAAAAGCAUCUGCACUGGCUCCAACUUCAGCUGGGCCGUCAUUUAACUGUACUGCAUCAUACUGAGAGCUGCUUCUAAUAUUACAUUAGAGGAGUGGUUAGGAAUGUGGCUUGUUAGCAAUAGUUCUCAUAUAGCCUAUAGUUAAACAGCCCAAUCAUUGAUCAUGAUACAUGAAUCAUGAACUAGUGUAAGUCCAUCCAUCCCUUUUCUGAACCGCUUAUCCUCACUAGUGUCGCGGGUGUGCUGGCGCCCAUCUCAGCUGACUUUGGGCGAGAAGCGGUGUACACCCUGAACUGGUCGCCAGCCAAUCGCAGGGCACAUACUGUAUGACCAAACAACCGUUCACACCGACAGACAAUACAGUCUUCAAUCAACCUACCAUGCAUGUUUUUUGGAAUGAAACCGGAGUACCCAGAGAAAACCCACGUGGAAACAGGGAGAGCAUGUAAACUCCAAACGGAGGCCGGAUUUGAACCCUGGACCUCAGAACAGUGAGGCAAAUGUGCUCACCAUCAAGGAUUACAAGAACUAGAAUAAAUAUAUUCAUCUUUUUAAAUGUAUUCCAAUGUAAUUUACUAUUUAUUUAUUCAAAUGAUCACAGUAAAUAUAAUUUCCAAUUUUUAAAGAAAAUUAAGAAUUUUCUAAUUUAAUAAGAUUUUUAAAAAUAUUUCUAAAUAAUUUAAUCGCAACAUUAAUGUAUUCUUUUAAACGUUUUCUGUCUCCGAAAUCUUCAAAUUAAGACAUUGUAGUCAAGCACGUCUCUUUUUCCUGUCAAUUCGCGUACUGCUGACAUGUCAAAAUAAAGUGUAGUUCAAAAAAAGAAACCAAAAUGUCACACUCUGUUCCGUGUACGUAUUUUAUUUUGGUAUUAAAUCGGAAGUUUCUUGUUUAACUCAGUCUAACUUGACGUUGGUGUUGGAAUUGGUCGGUCCUCUUGCGAAGGGGGGGGGGGGUCUCAGACCAAAUUGCGCCCGGUCGGAGUCAGCAGCGUUCCGGCGUGUCUCUUGGCGAACUCCCGCCGUCAUGGAUCCUCCUCGGGCUUGCGUCCAGCUGUCCGCCGGGUAAAAGCAAGAACUUUAUCGGACCACCGUGUCAUGGGAAUACCAAUUGCCCGGUGCGCUCGGCCCGGUGGAUCCGUUUCUUGAUGGAAAGCAUGUCGCCGCAACAACAGCAGCAGGGCGCCGCCAUGGGCCGGAGCGGCUCCGACUCUGUGGCCGGGAACAACGCGUCACUCGCGGAUAGUAAAAAGAUGAAGACGCUGGCUCAGAGAAGACAAUCUGCUCCCUCAUUGGUUAUCAGCAAAGCACUGACCAGGUCUAGAAGCACAUCCAGGGAGAGCUACCUGACUCCGGUGAGUCCAGAGUCUUGUGGUCUGGUCCAGAGCUUCCUGAGUGAGAGUCCGGGCCAAGCGUUCCUGGGUCACGUUCAAGUCCAGAUGAAGAUGGGCCUGCAAACCCAGGACAGACAUCUCUUCCUUUUCACAGACACGCUCAUCGUCACCAAGACCAAGUCUCCGUCUCACUUCAAGGUGAAGGCGCGAGUACGCGUGUGCGAGAUGUGGACAGCCGCCUGCGUGGAGGAGGUUUGCGAGGGCAGCACCAGCCUGGAGAGGAGCUUUGUCCUGGGAUGGCCCACCUGCAACUGCGUGGCCACCUUCAGCUCCGAGGAGCACAAGGAGAAGUGGCUGCUGCUCAUCAAAAGUCGCAUCAACGAGGGAAAGGAGAAAGAUGAGCCCAAGACGGUCCCGCUCAAGAUAUUUGCCAAGGAUAUCGGAAACUGCGCUUAUGCCAAGACACUGGCGGUCAACAACACGGACGACACCAACGACGUCAUCGGCAUGGCACUCAUGCAGUUCGGGAUAGCCGGUUGCGUGAAGGACCACCGCUUGUGGGUGAGCUCCAGUAAGGACGAGCCGCCGUACCCUCUGAUCGGCCAUGAGUUCCCGUUUAGCAUCAAGAUGAGUCACAUUCGAGACGGUGGCGGGAGUCGAGGAGAUGCGAGCAGCCCGUGCGACUGUCCUGAGGUUCAACUCCUGGACCGCUGUCUGCCUCCGGACACGCAGUGCCACUUCAUACUCAGACCCAGCAAAGUCACACACAGCACGGACGCACUCGUAGACGCCGCCCAGCCGAAGUCGUUCAAGCGUAAGCGCUCUCUGAUCAACUGGCCCUUCUGGAGGGGCUCCAGCAGUCAGCUGGACAUCGCCGCCCCCCCACUCAGCCCCACCUUGCCCGGACCUGCCAUCCCUGGGCACCUCUUCGGGCGGCCGCUCGCCUCUGUCUGCUCGCAGGACACUGGCCUGCCCAAACCUGUCAUGGACAUGCUGGUGUUCCUGUACAUGGAGGGUCCGUAUACUCGGGGUGUGUUCCGGCGCUCAGCAGGGGCCAAGGCCUGCAGGGAGCUGCGUGAGCGACUGGAUGCCGGGACAGACGACGGCGAGAUUGCGAGUCAGUCCGUGUUUGUCGUUGCCGCUGUCCUCAAGGACUUCCUUCGCAGCAUCCCGGGCAGCCUGCUGUGCUCGGACCUUUACGAUCAGUGGACGGUGGCCAUGGACAGUGAGGGUAGCGACGACGUGACCGGCGAAGUCCACAAAUUACUGCGCCUGCUGCCCACCGAGAAUCUUCUGCUGCUGCGCCACGUGGCCGCCGUGCUGUACCGCAUUCAAGGCUAUGCCCACGACAACCAGAUGAACGCCUUCAACCUAUCCGUCUGCAUUGCUCCCAGCAUGCUCUGGGCCCCCACGCCUGGGACCCCCGAGAUGGAGGGGGAGGGUGCCAAGAAGACUAAGGAGAAGAAAAGAGGAGGAUUAGGAGGAUGUCAUGACAAUAAUAUACACUCUCGGCUCCACACUGCCAGCAUAUUGGAGCCACAUUUGCAAAGAACACAGUGGACGUCAUCCAAAACCACAGCUGGGAAUGUGGAUUCCUGGAUCUUGCUGCUCCUUCUAAUCCCAAACCAGAUUGACGCUGCUUUUCCCGCCUUCAAGGUGUGUGAGCUGGUGCGCUUCCUCAUCGAGAACUGCACCGCCGUGCUGGGCGACGAUGUCACCUUGCUCUUUUCCAACUUCAGCCCGAAGGGUGGUGGCAGUGAGCACAGCUCUGACGCAUCGUCGUUCCAAAUGAACGACUCGUCGUACGACAGUUUGGAGAACGAGCUGAACGACGAGCCAGAGUCUCCGUCCCAGGACCAACUGCCUCUGCGUGACAAACGUGACAAGCCCGACAGCCGCAGCCGCGACUCGGUUCUCACGCUCAGCGACUGCGAACCCGACACUGAGGGCCGCGCCGAUGACCUCCUGUUGCAACUGCCGCCCCUGGCCCGGCCGCGCCGCUUCAGCCCCGCAACGCGCCAGCCCCGCGUCCGCCACGCCAAUGGGGUGUCCUCGCAGGGUGCCAGCCGGAGAUUGAGGCGAAGCUCAGAGCCCGCCUUGGCCGCCCUCACGGGGGGACGCCUCCCGCUACGCAAGGCCAGCUAUGAUGCCGCCAUGGAGGGCGAGGAAGAGGAGGAAGAGUUCUUGGAGAAGGAGCUAAAGGGGCUCCACCUGAAUUCGGAGCAAGACCAGAACAGUGGGCGGCGGAAGAGCAAGCAAGCAUCCCCGCCCUCGCUGCGCCUGGACGCCAGCUGCUCCAGCCUCUCCUCGCCAGCCACCUCCCCCACCGGCUCCUCACUCAGCUCCUUAGACUCCGCUUUCUCCCAGUACUCCACCGAUUACAGUGCCAUCCCGCCGGGGGAUGCCCCACUUCGGUCCCCACGGUGCUCUCCGCCGCAGAAGGAUCCCCGCCCCAGCGCCCACCCCAACACGUGGAUCAAGAAGGACCACCGCCUGUCCCUGAAGCAGCCUCUCAACGGACACGCAAGUGAGGACUUGCCGCCGUCCGCUGGUACCCAAAACGGGACGCCCAACCGGCGUUCCAGCAGUCCUCCGUCCUACCAGCAGGCGCUGCUUCAAUUACAAAGCACCUCACCUUUCUACAAGGGGGCGGACAAACCCCUGACGGUGCGAGAGCUUAGGCUCCUCCACGACACGCCACCUGUGGGAGCUGACACUGUCCAGCCCCCCAUGGGUGUCUUCUAUGGACAAAGUUCCACCACUCUUGUACUUAAACGCCAGAAGUCCCACUCCCUGACGCUCCCUGUCCAGAGCCGGACGCUUCCCCGCCGCCGGUCCGAGCCCGUGUGCCACCCCUCCAAAACGGGCACAGUGGACAGACCCCGGGCCUGCCUGAGGGUGUCGGAUGUGGAGCCCCUGUCACCCUCCGCCAACCGCACUGUGCGGGACUACUUUUCCACGACUGGGGACGCGGCGGGCUCCGCACGGCGCAGCCAGGAGGUGGCGCUGGCCAUCGCCCAGGCCAAGAGGGAGUGGCACAGUCGGCAGUGUAGCGAGCCGCAAUUGGACGAUUUCGACCAGCUCUUCUUCGCCGAAGAAUCCUACGUGUAACUACCACCUUUGUACAUACCUACUUUGUACCCGCUUUUUAUUACUCACUGUGGUCUAUGUGGUGUGUUUACGGUACCAGGGUGGGAGACUACUUCUGGUUUUAAAAAGGUACCCAGGCACUUCCUGCUUCCCGCCAAAAUAAAAGGUGGUUUUGGUUCCGCUGAAACGAACAGAAGUCACUCAGAAGUGAAAAAAGGGGCAUCAUAUGGAUAAGGUAGCAGGUAUUGAUGCACUUCUUAGUGCCAUAUGUAUUAACACAAAAUAAGAGCAUUUGCAUUGAUAGCCCGCCAAAUUAAGAGCAUUAGAGAGGCCACAUGCACUUUGGUUUAUUAAAAAAAAAAAGAGAAUUCACCCAAAAGUGACCAAAAGAGGCACCACAUGUGUGAGGUAACAGAUACAUAUUCACUCGCAUUAAAAAAAAUAAAAAAUUCUAACAAUGAAAAGAAUUCAUUCUAGAGGUGCAACAAGUAAUCGAUUAAUCGACAACUGAUUUUAAAAUUAAUCAACUAUUUUAAUAAUCGAUUAAUCGUUCAGAGACCUUGUUUAUUUUAAAAUUGUCCACAUUAUCAGAAUUUCAGCCUCUCAACAGUAAAUAUUGUUCGGUUUCUGUAGUCCGCGAUGAAGGCAAACUGAUUAUCUUUGGUGUUUAAUCAAAAUAAGACAUUUUGAAAACAUCUGCUUUUUAUUUGGAAAACAAUGAUCAACAUUUUUGUGACGGAUGUUACGGCCCAAACAGUAACGGAAUCAUAAUCAAUUUUUCACUUUCACUUUGAAAUAAUGUCCUGUUUUUGAAAAGCAGAUUUUGAAUUUUUUUUUUUAAAGAUGAUUCAUCAAUAAAUCCCAAAAAUAAUUGACAACUUCAUUGAUUACUAAAAUAAUUGUUAGUUGCAGCUCUAAUUUAUUCCAAAGUAACAACAACAGACACCAUUUGGAUAAGAAGCAGGUACAGAUUGACUUCUUGCUUCCCGGGUGCCCAUUCACAUUCUCCCAAAAUAAGAGCAUGUAAAUCAGUUUUGCUAAAACAAAUAGUGAUGUAUGAGAAGCAAAUGAGGCUAAGGUAGCAGACCUAGAUGACUUAACUUCCCACUUCCUGGGUGCCAUCUGCGAUCACAACCUGCCAAAUUAAGCGCGUGAAACACAUAAGAUUAGUUGAAUUAAUUUAAAAGUGACAAAAAUUUGGGGAUUGAACUAGCAUGCAGUUGCCAAAAUGAAAGAGUGUCACCUUUUUACCACAUGAAUAUUUAGUUAUUAUUUUGUAAUGAUUAAAUCAAGCUGGCAGGUAUUUAUUUAUUAGUGUUAAUUAAUGCCCAUGCUUCUGAAUGAGUGCUUUCUACAUCCUAAUAUGGAUAUUGAAACACCACUUCCUGGCAAAAAUUUCCACCGUAUCAUCUUGUAUAAUGAAGUAACGCGUCUUCUUCAAACUUUUUCCCCCACAUUGUAAAGUUGUUUGUAUUUAUAAUACAGAAAUAUGUAUAUGAUAAAUAUGUCUGAUAUUUGCUAUAUGAUCAAAUCAAAUUGUAUUUUUGUACAUGUACUGCUGCUGCUGUCGCCAUAGAAACUUUAUUUGCUGCAUAUUUCUGUCUAUUGUGUACAACAUUUGAAUAAAAUGCUCUCUUACCA